GAGGGAGACCUAGCCUCGAACCAGCGUAAAAACAUUGGCCGACCGAAACUGUCAUGGCCGCCACCAGAAGUCUUGUAUCCGCGGUUUCGCGACGGUCGGGAGCUUUGCGGCUAUGUCUCGCGCGCUGUUACAGCCAGGAACCACCAAAGGGUACAGACUUGACCCAUCACCGGACUAAUGCCUUUGAAAAAGUUAUCCUGGUUUACUACAAGAAGUACCCUAAAGGACAGGUGCCAGACUUCGUACCCCAGGGCGUCAUGGAGAAGACACGGAACCUGUUCCGCAUCCAGCUUAACAUCGUACUCACCAUACUGACGUUACUGGCAGCCCUCGGGUUUGCGAGGAAGGGCCGUAGCGAGGCGCACCGCGGCGAAAGUCUCAUGAAGAUGAACCUGGAGUGGCAUGAGGAGGAACGACGCAAGCACGAGGAACAGAAUCGAGCGAAGGCCGCCACGUAGAAACUUUUCGUGGGUGGCAUCCACGAGGGAUCAUUCAAAGUGCAAUUUCAAGAAUAAACGCCUUUUGCGGAGCUAUCAUAAAUAUUUA